AGCCUGGUUGUUCCCUCUUCGUUCUGGGAAUUCGGAUUUGAAGGAUAGGUGGCAGCGUCUGAUGAGCUACAUCAGCUGUGCCCUGCAUAACUCUUGUGCAAGAAGCUGACGGAGGAGGAAGAAACAAGACAACAGAGUAACAUCGCCCUCUCUCUCUCUCUCUCUCUGUAAGCUUGAAGCCUCCAACACACGCACCCACACGAACGUGCUUGCUCGCUCAGGCUCGAGUCUUCUGUCGUUCAAGCCGAUCCACAGAGGAAAGGGAGGCACCUUUUCUUCGUCUCCUAAUUACCUUCUCCUGGUUCAUUCCUCCACUCCAGAUCCCAACAACUCAUGAUGCUCUCCUUUCCCAGCGCCACUCCACCUCCUUUUUCAAGCUAGCUUUCGCCAUAGGAAUAUUACUCUCCGAAUCUUCUUAUCCUCCUCCGACCACUCUGUUGCCGUAGAAGAAGCAGAGGUCGGAAGAAAGAAGAAGAAGAAGAAGAAUGAGAUCACCCGCUGCCUCAUUGCACCUUACUCUCCUCGUUGUCUCGGCCACCGCGCUCACGGCUGCCUUAGCAGCCGGAAUCAAGCCGCAAAUCCUCUACGACGAGCAGCGUUCCCUCAACGCUAGCGGCUUCGCCUCAACGACGGUGCCGGCCUUCCCGGUUGCCCGAUCUAACAACCAGAGCGAGUGUCGCCUCGACCUAUCCGAUGAGCUCUUCGGUGGGGUCGGCGACGCCUGCAUCCGCGGGGGUCUCGACAGGAGCCGCUGCUGCCCGGUGCUCGCCGCCUGGCUCUUCGCUGCUCACGCUCGCUCCGCACUGGAGCUCCAGCCGCCGCCCGCGACUGACGACGGGCUUGACGGCAUGGAUGGGCCGAUGAUGCCUGACGACAACCAGAAGUGCGUGGACUCGCUGCAGAACGCGCUUGAACGGCGCGACAUCCGCCUGCCGCGGCCCAACGCCACAUGCGACACCGUGCUCUGCUUCUGCGGCAUCCGCCUCCAUCAGAUCGGGUCGCUCCGCUGCCCGGCCGCCUUCAACGUCAGCGGCGGCGCAGCCCGGAGCGCCACGCCCACUUUGGCCGUACGUCAACUCGAGGGCGACUGCCGGAACGCAUCUUACGCCGGCUGCACCCGCUGCCUCCACUCCCUCGAGAAGGUGAAGGGGCAUGGCGGUGGUGUGGGGGAAUACGAAGGCGGCGGCGAUCGGGCAAAGCGGAUGUUCGGGCGGGACUGCCAGCUGAUGGGGCUCACGUGGUUGCUGGCGAGGAACAAGACGGCGUACAUCCCCACGGUGUCAGCCGUUCUGCGCGCCGUGCUCUACAGCGCCCACCCGCCGCAGGCCGGCGGCGGUGGCGGUGGCGGUUACAAGUGCAGCCCUGACCAGGAGAACAUGCCCCUCGCCGUCGACUCCCUCCAAUUCCAGCACCUCAGUGACUCCGCCGCGGCCUUCUCUUUUCAGCCUGCCCCCCGUGUCUCCCAUCUCGUGCUUUCCUCCUUGGCCCUGCCGGUCCUUCUCGCAUGGUUUCCCUUCCUCUAAGGCUAUCAACAGUAUGGACCUUUAUUUUUGCCUUUGUCAUUUAGCCCUCUCCUGUACAUCCUCCUCCACCAUGCCGGCCUUUCUCGUUCUUUCAUAGAUUAUUUUUCCUUGUUUGUCUCAA